AUGAAUAAAAUAUAUAUUAAGGUUGCUUUAGCACUUUUAGCUCUCUCAGGAUAUAUGCAAAAUGGAGCAUAUGCAAGCGAAGCUGUUGAAAAAGGCUGUACAGAAAACUGCUCCCUCCGCCAUAGACCAUUAUCAGUAUAUCAACAAUACAAAGAAGAGACAAAUGGCAACAUUGAUGAAGCUAUAGAAGCACUAACUUAUUCAGAAAAUUCUAAAGAUAUUUUAUUAAAACUUGCUGAUGCUGAUGUACAGGAAUUCUCGGACUAUGGUAUAGAAAGUGAUAGAAUAUUAUAUAUUAAGAAAAUUGGAAAUAUGAAUAUUGGAAGACUUGAUAUUACCAUUCCAUAUUCCUCUAAGUACAAAAAUGCAGUAAGGCAAUACUGGGAUUACAAAUACGACAAAAAUCCUGAUGAAAAAAUUAUUAACGGAAAAGUUGCUCGUUUAUACUGCAAAGACAAAGUCUUAAUUGAAAAACUUAACACAGAUCCUGAUAAUACAUCAAACAAAAAAAUAUAUUCUUUAGCCUCAAGAAAUUAUAAUGACGAUAUGACUGUAAUUAUAUGUCCUUCAAGAGUUCUAGAUUUUGAUGGUGAAAUCAAUAAAGAAACUGAAUUGGAAGACGUUUACAAAAAUCAAAAAUUAAUCGAAACUGAUAUUCAUCCUGUAGAAGCAUUAAACAAAUAUGGUGAUAAUAUAGCCGGAUUUAUAAUUAAAAACGACGAAAAAUAUGAUCAAGUUCGUAUUACCUAUAUCAACGCUAUCUAUGAUAAUGGCAAUCCUAACGAGGUUUCCCGAAAUUUAAAACAUAGAACUGAUGAAUUUAAAAAAAUCACAGAGUUAUCAAAAAAAAUUACACCUAAUAAUGAAUAA